AUGACAUAUUGGCUUCUUAUUAUCCUCAAUCCACAUCGUUUGCUUGGUAUCUCUCAGGCUGAGGCUCACAUGUUCCAAAUUUUUGCUGCUGUUAUUGGUGAUUAUCUUUGGUUUAUUAGGAAUAAAGCUCAUCAUGAAGAUCUUAUUCUGAAUGCACUUGUUAUAUCAUCUACAAUCAACAAGACUGUAUGUCUUGAAGCUUCUCAUCUCUUCCAAGACUUCCAGAAUUGUAAUCUGAGGAAGUCGCUGUCGUUGGUUUCCAGAGUUGAUAGUUCUAAUUCUUGCAAAUUCUGGAAUCCUCCUGUGGCUGGUUUUGUGAAAAUUAAUUGGGAUGCUUCUUUGAAUAUAAAUUCUGCUUUGAUUGAUAUGGGUUGUGUGAUUAGAAAUGUUGGUGGUUUUGUAGUUGCAGCUAAAUGUGGCAUUUCUAGGGCUGUUGCAGAACCGGUUUGUGCUGAAGCCAUGGCUGCCUUUUUUGCUCUGGAGUUCUGUUGUGAGUUGGGUUAUGUGAACGUUGUGAGUGAGGGUGACUCUUUGCAAAUUAUCAAAGGUGUUUGUGAUUCUGAUUAUUCCCUUGACAGAAUUGGUCAUUUUUUGGAUGCCAUUAGACAGAAAGUUGGUGAGUUUUCUGAAUGUAAGUGGAGUCACUGUCCUAGAGAUGCCAAUGAAGUGGCCCACUGUCUUGCAGCUAGAAGGGCUUCUUCUCUUGGUCUUUGUAAUGUCUGGACUGCUAAUAUGCCUUUGUUUAUUUCCUCUAUUUGUAUUAGAGACUUUUUAGUCUCUAGACUGUAA